AUCCAGGCCGUCUUUAUAAAGGCCAGCCACCCCGCCGUUGAUCUCUCGGCCCCGCAUCUUUCCAUGACAUUUCCUAGUCAAGGCACUUAUAACGCCUAGUGCGCUGGCAUUAGACAUCAACAUCUGCAUGGCUCGCACCAGGAUUCUUCAGUCGAAAAUCCGAGCAAUGAACAGACGGACAACUUGGACUCGAUUCCAUCUGCCGCGAUGGCAGGGCUGGCCAAAAUGGUCGACGGGAAGCUCUGUCCUCGGACCGCUUGCAGAAGUGACGGGUUAUGACAAGGUCUGGCUAGGGAGGCAGGUUGAUGACCCGGAGCAGGCUGCCAUCAUCAUUCUAUGGGCUUCUGCAGAAGCCCUCUGGAAUUUCCAAGAUUCUCCAGCAUGUGCCGAGUUUCUGAAGGACCUGCCUGACAGCGGUAUCGUGUCCGGUGGGUUAUUCCAGCGUCUGUCCCUGAAUGAUGCAGAAAACAUGGGUAGCACAAUGUCACCAACAGCAUCACGAUUCCCCAGCCUCCACUGGCAUUAUAGCGACAGAAAAGAACUCGAGGUAGAGGGCCGUGUGACGCUUACGGCCUUCUUGGUACCGUAUACAGGCGGCCCUGACCUCGAGCAAAUACGUUUCAGUAUCGUCAAAGCAUUCAAAGGCUUCGUUCCCGCAGACUGUGAGGAUCUACGGCCACCGCCGCCACUCUCGCGAGACUCAAUUCCAUUUGGAGGACAGUGGCCAGGCCUGGUGGCUUUUCUUCCAAAGCCAGAUGGCUUAGUGUGGGCUUGGACAGACACAGGAGAUAAUGAACAGUGGAAGCCGCCAGGACAACCGGUGGCGGCGGAAGAAAAUGGAAGUGGCCAGAUGGUUGUAUGCCAAUUUCGCCUAUGGAAUGGCCUUUACGGUGCCACCCGUCAGCGUGAAGAGGCAUCGGCGAAAGAUCCCCUAGCAAAGGAGUCUUGGGAAACCGUUGUGUCAAACGUGAUACCCCCGGUUACGGCUUGGGAGCAAGAGCGUUGGGAUAUCCAGGUGGCGCCAUCCUACCUCUCCCCUCUGAUAGAUGAAGAAGAUGAAGAAGAGAUAUUUUAACUCAGAUAUCUGUCUCUUGUCAAGGAAGCAUGAUCAAAGUUCUGAUUCUAAGAUAAAUCAUCCAAAGUACUUAGACGACUCUACAGAUGUCCUCCUCCUUGACCAUCAGCAUACACCCCAUGGACGCCUUCACCCUCGUACCUAGUUAAGGAGCUUUCGCCCCAAACUUCUUAUCUCCAUUCGCUUCUUCAAUAAUCUCAAAGUCCCAAUUCUUGGAUAUGCCUUGGCUCGCUGUGCCAUACAAGUAGAACAUGUGCGCAGCGAAGAAUACGUAGUUCUCAGGGU